AUGGAAGAGGAGAAUGCUCCAUUGCAGAAGGCUAACAACGAGAAUGGAGAUGGAGUAGAAGCGAAGUACUAUCCUGAUGGCUACGACGCGACUUAUGCGGACUAUUACUACCAGCAGCAACAAGAAGGAGAAGACUAUUAUGCAUCGUACCAGCAGGAAGGAUACGACGGGUAUUACUCGCACGAUCCGAACAGUACUGAUCCGUAUCAGUACCAGUACAGCUAUGAAGCCAACGAUGCCUUCGCUACCGCCGAAGGACAAGACUACAGUUAUUAUACUGGUGGUGAGGGGUACGAAGCAGAUCAGCAAGAGUACAAUACCACAGACAUGCCGGAAUCAUGGAGUUAUAGUCCGGAAGACGGUCAGCAAUUCUACUUGGAUCAACUUACGACGGAGCAGACGUCUGGGUACUACUACGAUGAACAAGGAAAUUUAAUCAAUGUGCAUGGAGGAGAAUCUCCAACGAAUGUUUUUAAUCAGGAAGAAUACUGGCAGGGCAGCAGUAAUUCGUCAUAUAUUGAAGAAACAACUUCAGUAACUAAAGAUGAGAGCCCUCAGAAUGCAACAGAUACGGAGGAGCUUGGUGUUACGGACUUCACUCCCACGACCGAUGAUGUACCGACGCCAGACCUUGAAUCCUCACUGAAAACCAAAAAGAAAAAGAAAAAUGACAGGGCAGUGUCGCCAUCAAAGAAAAAGAAGACGAAGAGGGAACGCAUUGAACAGCGCCAAGCUUUGUUAGAAAAGGAGGAAGAAGAACGACUGAAAGCACAGGAAUCUGCUCAGGUUACUACCUCAAAUAAAAACGCACCUGGAACUGAUGGUGCAGCAGCAAGUAAUAAAACGAGCAAGUUGACGACGAAAAAGACAGCGUUUUUGGAUCGCGAGAGGGCAAAGUUCCAGCUGAAGCUGCGCAUUACUAAAGCAAUCAAGCGCAACCGAAUGCCAGUGCAAAUCCGCAUCCUUCCGACGACUCGAAAGCACUUGACUCCAAUGGACAAAUAUUUCGGAAGCAAAAGCGUCGAAUGUGUUCUCUCUGACAUUUUCUGGGCGUCGAUAAAAGGAGAUAUCGGACGUAUGAAGCAUCUAGUCGAGGUUGAGGGAGAAAGCCCGACAGAUAGUAAGCUGGACCCAUGGAAUCUUCACCAAACACCUCUCCACUGGGCAGCAAAAGGCGGAUCCGUGCCUGUUGUGAGCUAUCUACUAGCAGCGGGUGCCAGUCCAAGAUGCCUGGAUGACAACGGCAGUUUACCCCUCCAUCUCUCGUGCUGGGCUGGCCAUGUUGACGCUAGUAUAUUGCUGUUACGUGCCUCCGAUGUGAAGGAUCUGUAUGUGCAGGACUAUGAUGGUGCCAUGUGUCCUCUAGAUUGGGCGAAUGUUCGUGGACACACGAAGUUGCUCAAGGCAAUCGAAAAGUACCAAGACUCGUUGUGGCUGCCCAAAUUUGUGGAUGAAUUGAUUCGAGGGAUCGUACGCUACAAGAUUAAAAUCUUCAAAGACCCACCAAAGAAGCCCGUAAAGGCGGAAGAAAAGGAUACUCCUGUCGGUUCUGAAGCGAAACUCGACCCGGUCCCAACGAUUGUUGAAUCUGCGGACAACGCUGCUGAAAACUUGGCAAAAGAGAUUGCGAACACUUCUACGGAUUCACUAGAAUAA